UUAGUUGCUUAGUUAACCCUUGCACCUUACCUUGCCUAGCAACUUAGGUUAGUUUUGUUUAAGUGCCAUUAAGUUUUAAAACCGCCUAUUCACCCCCCCUCUAGUCGGCCUCCUUGAUCCUACAAGUUGUAUCAGAGCUUGGUCUCUCAUUUUGUGGACUUAACUAUUCCGAGAGAAAAGGAUGGCUUCUAGAGAUAUAGUACACACGGGUGGUGACCCUCCUAUGUUUGAUGGCACAAAUUAUGCACAAUGGAAAAUCCACAUGAUUUCUUAUUUUACGGCCAUGAGCCCAAAAAUAUGGUGGAUUGUAGAUGUGGGCUUUUCUCAUGCUUUGGAUGACCAUGCUCCAACAAGUGGGCAAGAUAAAUGCCUACAUCUCGAUGCUCAAGCUACUAAUGCUUUAUUUUGUGGUUUGAGUGAUGACAUGUUUAAUGAAGUAUGCAAUCUCAAGAGUGCACAUGCUAUGUGGGUAAAGCUUAAAGAAAAAUAUGAAGUGCCCACACUUGUUGAGAAUGGUUGCACACAAGAAUCGAUGUCGGGUGAAGACUCCACCUCCUCAAGUGAUGAUGAGGAGCUCCCAAUACCAUCCACAUCACCUCAUUGCUUAAUGACAAAUUGUAAGAAUGAGGUAAAGAAUGAUUCUCUCGAUAGUAUUAUUGAAAAUACUUGUGUUGUUGAUGAUGGUGGUGAUGAUGAUGAACCUUCAUAUGAUGAUCUUUUUAACAUUCUUAGGGAGGCUAGUAAAUACAUUGCCAAAGAGAAGAAGAAAAAAUCAAAUUUUAGAGAAAACUCUUCUCUCUUUGAAAGACUCAAAUGUGGAGCUAAUAAAUUCUUAUAAGGAACUUUGUGAUUCUUAUAAGAAGAUAAAAGAAGCUUAUGAGUCUCUUCUCAUUGGAAAUGCAUUUAGUAAGCCAAAGGUGGACAUAGGCAUCACAUGUAAUUUAAUUGAUGAUGAUAUGCCAUGUGUAGCUAGCUCAUGUAGUACAUCUAAGGCUAGUGUGUCCACCUCUUGUGAUGACUUGUUAGAUGUACCUUGUAGCUCAAGCAUAGAUGAAAAUUCUUGUUCUUCCUCCUCUAUGUAUAUUGUUGCUAACCUUGUAGAGGAAAACAAGCAAUUACAAGCCCAAGUCAAAGAUUUAAAAGAAGACUUGGAUAGAAGCUACAAAGGGAAGAACACACUUGACGAAAUCCUAAGCAAGCAAAAGAGCACAAAUGACAAGUGUGGACUUGGCUUUCAUCGCAAGGAGAAUGCUAAGAAGACAAGACACAUGCCUAGAUAUGCAAGGAAGCAUGCAUACUUAAGAAAUGAUGGAAAGAAAAAUGUGAGUAAGAACCAUCCUCACAUUACAUGUUUUGGUUGUCAUGAGAAGGGACACUUUGCCUCCGUGUGCGCAAACAUGAAGGAUGAGAAGUGCAACUUCAAAUUGAGGCAAACCGGCAAGAAGCAAGACAAAACGACAAGUCAUAGAGGUCAAAACCUAACUUGCUACAAUUGCCGCAAAAAGGGACAUAUUGGUAAAAAUUGUCCCAUAGGUAAUACUCCUAAGCCUAAUAUUAUUUUUGAUGAUUAUGUGCUUAGGAAAAAUAGGCAAGGCAAUGUGUUUGCUAGAUAUGUUGGUUUACCUAGACUUGCACCUAGAAGGAGGACCAUUUGGGUGCCUCGUAUUUUGGUAACUAACAUUGAUGGACCCAAUUUUGUUGGGGACCAAAAUGUGCCAAAAUGAGAAUAUAGGUACAUGAGAGGCAUUGGAGUUUUGGCCUAUGCGAGAAAAUGUGAUUCUCACCAAGUUCAAGAAUUGGAGCCAAUAAUGAGGAUGGAGAAUUCACAUCAAGGACCAAUGCCAUCUCGAGUCAAUUUGAUGUUCUUGCUGAAGCUGGGAGUUCAAUCAUAUAAGUUAGUCUCAUUCUAACUUAGUUCUCAAGUAUAGAUUAGAUAGAUGGUUUAAGUCUAUAGCAAAACAGUAGAGUUGAGUCAUUCUAUGGCUUCUGUUGUAACAGUUAGCCACAAUCUUGUAAAUACCCUAAUAUUAUUAUGUAAUAAUAUCUCCUUUGAAACCUUGACUAAAUGUAUGCAAUGAAGAACCAGAUUGUUGAACCUGUAUCAAUCUACUGAUCCAGGGCUUGAUACAGUUUUAAUAUGUCGGUUUCCGAAUUAUUAGUUUUGGGACCCGACAGACUGGUACCGAUAUCGUGGUCUCGUAGGAAGCGGUUCAUGUUAUUUUUCCUACGACACACUCAUGUCAGGUGCCGUUGUAUAGUGGUGCCGGAUUAGGGUGUGACAGAUCAGUACAUUUGUAGUACUAGGCAAAUUUUGCUAACUUCUAUAUCGUGAUUUCGCGAAUUUAGUUGCUAGACACAAAAAAAAGUUAAUCUUUGAAAAAAAUCACUCUCAAAAUGUGGUUAUUUGCUAUACACCCUUCAUUAGAAUAUUCAUUCCUAGUUGAACAGGAGAGAAAAAUAAUAGAAACUAUCAUAUCGGCAUCCUCCCCUUUUCUCAUCGUCUUUCUGCUUGCAUCGUGUAGCUUCGUAGCAAGUCACCUAGGGCCAAGCGACCGACAGAGGUCUCUCAUCCUCCGUCUCUCUCCCCAAUGGCCCUAGCGACUGGCAUGGACAUCUUGCCUCCACCAAUGGUGAAACUGCGAAAGGUAGAGGCGUGCGUACAGUGAUGACAAAGGCAACGACGUCGAAGGAUAGCAUCGGUGGAUCUCAUGAUGGCCACAGGUAAAAAACAGGGGUGUUGGAUCCGUCAUCCGCCCCGUGUACCACCGCUUCAGGAUAUGUUGUCACAUGCCUCGGCAACGUCCUCUCCGCUGUCUCACCAAGCCAGGGAUGGAGUCCAAUGGGCUUAGGGGGGUUCACAGGCGCCCAGCCUAAUUUUCAGAUUUAGUACUUACCCCCUAUUUUCACCACAUGGGAACCCCUCGACCCAAAUUCGUGCACCACCCCUGGCCCAUGAGCAAGUCAUGGAAGACCUGAGGCCCAUGAAAAUAGCGCCCCAUCUGGGCCACCGGGAGCGAGAGCGACGCCUCGAGCGUUAAUCACAGCCACGCCGGCACCGCACAUCUCUUCGACUCCCGUUUUUCGCCUUUUGUCUUUCUUUUUCCCGCGAUACGGCAUCUGAGUGGCUGUGUGUCUGUUCGUCUUUGAUCCAACGCAAUCUCCUCUCACCACAGUUUGCCGAGUCGCCGUCUACUCCUGUCGCUCAACCGCUGGUCGCCGACUCACCAUUGCUCGCCGUCCUAGCCUGCUGCUGGUCGCCCUAGCUGGCAGCCCGCAGCAUUACGGCGGCACUGCGGCAGCGAGCAGCCAGACUACAGGGGCAGCCUGCAGCUAGCAGCGGAGCACUCAGCAGUGCACAAGCAAGAGACUAAAGAGAGGGACAAGGACUCCUGCUGUCCUGCUGCCAUCAGUCCAUCAACCAUCACUUAGUAAAAUUGCUAUUAUGGAUUACUUAUCGAUGAUAUUGAGAUUGACAGCUUUGAGACCGGGGAUGUAUUUUAUAUAGAUUGAACGUCUUUUAUGUAAUUUUUGAUGUUUCCCUUCGCGGUUUCUUUUCGUCUUAUAUUUCAGUAAGCACUUUUACUUGCUACUCAACGAUUUUUUUUAUCAAUAGUUAUCUACAAAUGAACAACUAUCAUUAUUUAGAGUAAAUGCCGCCAUCUAUACAGUAAAGUAGUGCACCACCCUUAAUAUGGUUCCAGCUCCGCCACUACACCAAGCCGCCAACACCGGAUCUGCCGUCGCUCCAUCCCCUUGACGUAAAAUCGGUUGUCACUGAGCGCUCUGUGUCAUGAUAUCGGAAUAUAUAAAGGCUGGCGGAAGGGGCGCGCGAUGGGGUGUGCCACGUACGCGUUUUGCUACAGUACGCGUGGUGGAAAUUUACAAAAAAGCCCUCUGUUUUGUUCGUAAUUCGUCCGGCGUCCCUCGCCAACCAUCCUCUGAGCUGUAGGGGUGGGCAUUCGGUCUAACCGAGAAAUUCGGUUCGGUCUUUCGGUCUUUUUAAAAUUUCAGUCAUCAAAAACUCAAGACCGAUCGGUCC